AUGGUCAAUCUCACAACCCAGAAGCGCCUGGCGGCUUCCGUCGUCGGCUGCGGAAAGCGCAAGAUCUGGCUCGACCCCAACGAGACCAGCGAAAUCUCCAACGCCAACUCCCGUCAAACCAUCCGCAAGCUCGUUUCCGAUGGACUCAUCAUCCGCAAACCAGUCACCAUGCACUCCCGCGCACGCGCUCGUGAGCUCACCGCUGCACGAAGAAUUGGUAGACACCGUGGUUUCGGUAAGAGAAAGGGUACCGCAGAUGCCCGUAUGCCAAGCCAAGUUGUUUGGAUGCGCCGUCUUAGAGUCCUCAGACGUCUCUUGGUCAAGUACCGUGCCAGCGGUAAGAUCGACAAACACCUUUACCACGAACUUUACCACUUGAGCAAGGGUAACACCUUCAAGCACAAGCGUGCAUUGGUCGAGCACAUUCACAGAGCUAAGGCCGAGAAGGCACGUGAAAGACUCCUCAAGGAGGAGAUGGACGCCAAGCGUGCGAAGACCAAGGCCGCCCGCGAGAGAAAGGCAGAGAGAAACCAAGCCAAGAAGGCUGCCCAGUUCGGCGAGGAAGAGGAGACCGAGACAAAGUAA